AUGCCAAGCUUGCCACACUUUGGUGCACUGUGCCUGCUGCUGCUGCUGCGUCUGUGGCAAACGCUGGGCCUGGCUCCGCUCAGCUUUAGCUGUGGGCGUGGCGCUCGCUGCCGCCGCCCAAUAACGGCCAGCGCCGCGCUGCAGUGGCUCGGCCUGUUGGCGCUGUCACCGCUGUUGCUGCGCGAGAGUGUGGCCCUGUACGCGACAACCAACGUGAAGCACUCGACGCUCUUCAGGCGCAUUGCACUGGCCACCAUGGCCGGCGAUGUGGGCAUAUCGCUGGCGCUGCUGGGCGCGCACAUCUGGCAGCGCCAGCGCCUGGCCCAGCUGCUAAAUGGUCUGGUGCGUCUACACCGCAGGACCAGGCUGAGCUGGACCGCCACGUUUCUGCUGUGUUGCAAGCUUUUGCUCUCGCUCUACGAGCUGCUCUGCAAUGUGCCCUUUCUGCAGCAGAACGCGGCUCGUCUGCCCUGGCUGCAACUGCUGGCCUAUGGCGUGCAGCUCUAUGUGCAGCAUAUGAGCAGCGUUUUUGGCAACGGCGUUUUUGGUGCACUGCUCCUGGUGCUGGCCUGCAUACAGCAGCUGGAGCUGCAGUGGCAGCAACUGGCCGAGGAGCCAGGCCAACAAGAGCGUCUAUUGCGGCGGGAGCGACGUUUGCUGCUGGUGUGCGAGAACUUUAUACGGGUCUUUCAGCUGGGCAUCUUUCUGCUGGUCAUUGGCAACUUUAUCAACAUUCUGGCCAAUAUGUAUGCCUAUAUGUCCUACUUUGUGGAGCAGCACGGCGUACCGCUGACCAUUUCCAACUAUUGCCUGAUUGUUGCCGUUCAGCUCUAUGCGAUGAUACUGGCCACGCAUCUCUGCCAGCUGCGGCACACACGACUGCGUAGACGCUGCCUGGAGCUGUGCUAUGUGCCGCAGGAGCUGACCCAGGAGCAGGCCAUGCGCCCCACGCCGUUGCUGAUGUGGCCCGUGGAUGGCCUGAAGUUCUCCAUUUUGGGCCUCUUCAACUUGGACAACGCCUUUUGGCUAUUUCUCGUCUCGUAUGCCGUCAAUUUCAUUGUCAUCAUUUUGCAGUUCACUGUGGAGCACUCGAAGCGCUGAGAGCUUUUAUUCCGGUCUGUACUUAGCGGAGACAGCCACCAUGCCGUGCUAGCGCCAUCUAUCUGUCAUUGCGUUGUGUAUUUCGGAUUACCUCUUUCUUGGAACUUGUCUUUAAUCUUAUGUUUUUGUUUGUUUCUUUUUAUGAUGUUUGAGCUAACGCAUAAACUGGAUAAGAAAGUAGCCAAAAAAUCAAGAGUCGCCAACAUAAGCAAAACAAGUUGCAACAAAGACGACAACUGCUUUUUUUUUGGCUACUUGCUUGUAAUACUCCCAACUUUUAUACUAUUUACUAGUGAGUAGUUA